AUGGCCCAGGAAGAUAAAACAAUAAUGAAUGCCUAUAAAGGAACCUCCGAAGAACUUAGUAAAAACAAUCAAAUCAAGCGAACCUUAAGAGAAUUUUACAAACUUGAUACACCUGUUCAAUUUGAAACACAACUACCAGAGUUAGAUAAAGAUAACUUUAAUCUUGAAGAAUAUAUAAAAGAAGCAGAGUCUAAUGAUCCAGAUAAACUGUUAAAGCUGGAAAAUACAUUGAUCAAAGAAAUACGUAAUUUAGAAAGCGAAAAAAAGGUGCUUAUUUAUGAUAAUUAUACAAAACUUCUUUCUAUUUCAGAUAUUAUUCAAAAAAUGAAAAAUGGAGCAGAUUCCGUAAAACCCAUUAUUGACAUGUUAGAACCAACCUUGGAGAAUAUUGGUACACUCUCAGAAUCUCUAAAUCAACCACCAAAAAAAGAAGAUACAAAAAAUUAA